AGUCCUGCAGCAGCCAGUCGGUUGUUAUAGUUACAGCGGGGGGAGAGAGAGCCUAGCUAAUAGGUACUAAAUCAGCUGCACCUAAACUUCCCUCUAAACCAGUUCCCUCAACUGCGGGUGCCUGCAGGUAGGAGAUGUGUUCUAUCAUAACCACGGCUAGCUGACACUGAGCAGAUCCUCUCCAUCUCUUUGGUGGAAAUGCCAGCUGUGACCCGGGCUAAAGAGGAUUCUGAUUCUCCGCCAGAAGAUGAGCUGGAAACUCAUCCCUGUAUUGCCUGGAGUGGGGUCAGUAGGAAGAUUCCUGUCUUGCUGUUCCAUGCUGAAGCCCUUGUGUUGAAAGAUGGAAAUAUCCGCUCCAUUGGAGAAAAAUAUAACUUGGGUUUCAAGAUUGUGCGCACAGAGAGUCGGCUCGUGCGUGGCAUACUUGUGAAUCAUGGAUUCCAUGAGGUACAUCCAAACAGUAAUGACUACAACCUGAUGUGGACAGGCACUCACCUUAAGACCUACCUGCUUCGCACUCUUCAGGAUUUUCAGAGAGUCAACCACUUCCCCAGAUCUCAUGAGCUGACAAGGAAGGACCGCCUCUACAAAAACAUUCAGAGGAUGCAGCAGACUUACGGCUUUCAAAACUUCCACAUUGUGCCCCAGACCUUCGUGCUUCCUGCUGAAUACCAGGAAUUCUGCAACUACUUCAGCAAGGAUAAGGGCCCUUGGAUCAUCAAACCUGUGGCAUCCUCCAGAGGCAGGGGCAUCUACCUGGUCAGCAGUCCUAGCCAGAUCCCGAUGGAGGAGAACUUACUAGUGUCACGAUACAUCAAUAAUCCAUUGCUGAUUGAUGAUUUUAAAUUUGAUGUGCGGUUAUAUGUGCUGGUGACCUCUUAUGACCCCAUCAUCAUCUAUGUUUAUGAAGAAGGCCUUGCCAGGUUUGCCACUGUGAAGUAUGACCAUGCCAUGAAGAACAUUAAGAACCAGUUUAUGCACCUCACCAACUACAGUGUAAACAAGAAAAGCAGUGACUAUGUCAGCUGCGAUGACCCUGAAGUAGAGGAUUAUGGGAACAAAUGGAGCAUGAGUGCAAUGCUGAGGUAUUUGAGACAGGAGGGAAAGGACACCACAUUGCUGAUGGGUCAAAUAGAGGACCUGAUUAUCAAAGCCGUGCUGAGUGCAGAGAUACAGAUAGCUACAGCCUGCAAGAUGUUUGUCCCCCACAGGAACAACUGCUUUGAGCUGUAUGGUUUUGAUGUUCUCAUUGAUUCCAACCUCAAGCCAUGGCUCUUGGAAGUCAACCUCUCUCCAUCAUUGGCGUGUGAUGCUCCCCUUGAUCUGAAGAUAAAGGCCAGCAUGAUCUCAGAUAUGUUCUCGCUUGUGGGGUUUGUAUGUCAAGACCCUGUUGUAAAGCAGAUGAGGUCAGAUAAAGCUGGUCUUGACAGCAGUGUGAAGAACCAGACCCAAAAAACUCAGCGCAGUUUCUCUGCACAGUCUGCUAAAUCCAAAGUGCAUCAGAGGCCUCUAUCUGCCACUGAUACUGAUGCUGAUCAAAAGGAGAAACAGGGAGGCAAGCAAGUGGAAAGAUUGGACUUGACCGCAGAGGAGGCUAAAGUCUUGAGAAGGACACAGGAGGAGCAUGAGAGGAGAGGUGGAUUCAUCCGCAUUUUUCCCACACCGCAAACUUGGGAGCUCUACAGUGGUUAUCUGGAAUACAAGACAUCUAUGAACUCCAUGUUGGCUAAUAAACUUUUCCAUGGAAGGUCAGAAAAAACAUCUGUGGCAUCAAAGUCUAGGAAUAAGUUGAAAGGUAAUGUGCCUUCAGAGGUGGACUCACGUACGACCUGUCACGUAGUUCAAUAUGAAAGAAAACUGCUUACACUGGAGGCCCGACGACGCAGACAAAGACGCUCAACCGGCCGGGCUACUACUAGAAGCAGGAAAGCAGGUCAAGGUCUCUCACCAUCUUCUCCACACAGCAGUGAGAAUGAAGAAGGUGAUGAGGGAGAGGAACAAGAGCCACAGGAAACCCAGGAAAAGAAACCAGCACACUCAGACCCUCGACCCUCGAGCCUUCAAACUGAGGAACCCUUCCUAGUUAAAGUCCGGAAACCUAAAGUGGAUCUAUUAAACAUUCUCCAGCAGGGGUGGGACCUUAGUAAGGUGCAGGCCCGGAUGGCCUUUUCUUCCUACCUCCAUCGGGUCCAAAUGAGGCUGCUUGCAGAGAGCAGAGCAAACAGUAGCUCUGCUUGGCAAGAGAAGGACAAUGACCAAAUGGAACUGGUAAUGCGCUUCCUGAAGAGAGCUGCCAGUAACCUGCAGCAGGACAUGCGUGUUGUGCUUCCCAGUCGCCAGCUUUCCUUGCCUGACCGUCAACGCAUACUGUCUCAUCAACUGGGGGAAUUCAUCCAGUGCUAUAACAAGGAGACUGAACAAAUGGUGAAAAGUUUGGAGAAGAUUAAAGAUGAUGAUCGAUGUAUUAAUCCAAAUGUGUUUCAGGAGUUUAUUCUGGAAGCAAGUGAAAGUGACCUAGAAGAAGUCCUCACUUUCUACACGCACAAGAACAAGUCUGCCAGUGUGUUUUUAGGGACCAAGUGUCAGACGUCCAACACGGACAGUAGCAAAGAAUGCCGGAAGUGCUCAGGAGAGUCAGCUAAACCUCAUGGCAGAAAAACUCUGAUGAAUGCCAAAGAGGGUUCUAGUGCUCCGGAAUCCUCAGUGUCUUCUGCCAAGGCCAGUCAAGCAAAAAAUGAAGAAAUUCAAGAUGCAACCCAACCUGGAGAGAGCAAAAUUGCUGUAACUCUUAGCAUGGCCAAGCUUAGUAACUCUGUCCAGAAAAAUAGAGAUAACAAACACAGUUCAUCAAAUAUUGGUGGAAACAGAAGCAACAAGGGCCAAAGUGGAGAUGCAGUGUUUGAAACUGAGCUUCAAGCUGAAGCAUUUGCUUCAAAUGGCACUAAAAAUAAUGAAAAUAACACAGGAAUUACAUCAGAUGGCGAUCAUGGGAGUAACAAACCCCACUCCACGAAAAUUGUGAGAGUCAGCGAGGUGCAGCCUGAAAUUGUGCAAAGUUGUAAAGUCCAGGCCAGGCUUUUGGCUUCCCAGCACACUUCGUCGUAUCCUGCAGUCUUAGACUGUGAGCAUAUCCACCUGCAGCACUGCUUUCCACCAUCUGUAUCGGAACUUCAACCCCCACCCUACAUUCAGCCUCCACCACACCCACAUGCUGAUCCUCAAAACAAACCACAAACAGCUGUAUCUUCCACAUCCAGCACCCUUCAGCCUACACGUGUCAUGUGGGCUUCAUCACGUUCUAAUACAGCUGCAAGUGAUGUUCUGCAGCGGCUACACGCUUCUCGUUCAGAUCAGCCGCCGACUUAUGGCAUCCCUACUGGAGCAUCUUCUAGUCCCGCUGCUGUGAACGUCCACAACCAGAAGCUCUCACGGCCUUCCUCUGCAGGGCAAUUGAUUCACAAGGCUAGUAAGCCCAGACCUGGUUCUGCAUUAGUGUUGAAGGAGCCAGAUUUGCUGUCUUCCCAGGCCCAGUCUAACCAGCAGGCUAUUGUGACUGCCCUGAAGAGACUAGUGGAGAAACAAGCAGCUCGCCAGUACAGCACCUCUAGUCACAUUAGCCUGCUUACACAACAUUUGACCAAUCUGAACCUGGCCAAUGGAGUGUUUAGCAGAGGGGGACUAAGCCUGACCUCAGGGGUUCAACCUGGAACACUUACUGGAGCAGGGAGUCACAGGAAUGAUUCUGUGGGUGAUGGAGAGCGUAACCUGGCCACAGGAGCCACUCAGCAGCAAAACCAUCAGCUUCCGUCUGGCAGCUAUCAGCUCCAGUUUGCCAUUCAACAGCUCCAACAGCAGAAACUUCAGUCCAGGCAGUUGCUUGAGCAGAGCCGCACACGUCAUCAGGCCAUGCUGGCUGGACACACACUCGUGCCUGCUGCAGUACCCCGAAACUGUGUUCCCAACUCAUCUGCUGUCCAAGUGCAGUCCCGGCACACCUUGAACCAGCCAGCAAAUCAGGGCACCCAGGGCCAGACAAAAGGACAGAGCUUCGCUCAUGGGGUCACGGUUCUUACUCCAAAACCUCCCACCACUGUACCCAGAGAUGGACUGUCACGAAAGACUGCUACCCAACGUUUUAGCAAGCAAACCCCAUCUGAAACUCCAUCCAGUAACGGCAUAUCCGGUCGGCAUAUUGUGUAUGACACCUCGUGUGGAAAGACAGGUUUGUCUGUGUACAGCAAACUUUUCCAGACUCAUGGGACCAAUCAAAGAUGACUGAGCGAGGGCUCCUCCGAUGACUACCUGCAGAUGUAGCAACUUCUCUUUCUUGUCAGAUGUUUAUUAUAUGAACAUGAACUCUGGGUAUGAACAUCCAGCCUAAAAUUCACCAGGUUUUACCUGAUGCAAUGGCCUCUCCACAAAAAACAGAGGACAGCUGUUCAGUUGCCAUACCAAAAACAUUUGUAUUUUGUGUGCUUCCUAACCUUGUUUCCCUGUGGUCUUCCUCCAUGUGCUGUAGACAAGAAUGAUAUCUUCCCUUAUAGUAUUUUCAGUCAGGGAACAGCUGACAAAUGCUGCUACCCCCUGAGACAGUUUGUGACAUCAAACCAGCCUUAUUUAUUUUCUUGGAGAGCAUGUGGGCGUGCAACAGGAUAGCCUGCAGUGUAAGAAAUGCCUGGCUUUGACGCGAGCGGGGAUCUGUUCCAUGGCCCAAGACUUUCCGGUGGCCUUCAGUUCCUCCCCAUCCCACCACUCCAGUUGUCCAGCCCCAUUCUCACAUGCAACUGCUGCCAUGGAAAGACUGCGUGAAUGGACAGGCAACAACAGCUGCUGCCUGUGUACUGUACUGAGCCUGCAGGCCAUUAGAAAGAGAGCUGGCAACGUACAGUAAUAUUUACCUUCAUGUUUUUUAAAUUAUUUUUAUAAUACAAGUAUAAAGCUUAAAGCUUAAUAAUACAUAACAUAUACAUUUAAAUCACAUUAACCUGGCUUGAUAAACUUUAAAUAUUAAUGUGUUUUUUUUUUUUUUUUUUUUUUUGUAACAAUAAACUCAAAUUUAUUUGAUUCAGAUCUCAGAAAUAUGAAUAUAGGUCAAAGGGAAACAUCUGGUAGAUAGAUUGGAAUUUAUGAAUGUGAACGUUUAUAAGUCUAAUGUUUUAAUGUAAUAAACUUCAUAAUUCUAUUUUUUUUUCAACAAUAGGUUUCACCUCCUCCCACAUUCAAAACACAAAAAUCUUGGCUAAAAUUUUAAUCUAUGAAGUAUGCCAUUAAAUAUUUAGGUUUACAAUAAUCAAAUCAAGUACAUUUAAUUAUAAAGUAAUUAUAGAUUUAAAUGCUUAUGCCAGUUUUUAAGCUUAAUAAACAAGUCACAUUUUGGGGUUACAUUAAUAUAAUAAUUUAACUUAAUAUAAUGUCACAAAUAGUACGUCAACCCCAUUCAAACGAGAAUAUUCACGUUUACAUUAAAACUGUAGUUCCAUCCAUUCAGUCAGAGGCAUCAUAUUUCCGGCUCAUGAUUGGGUUUGAAAUUCUCUGACCCUCUAAAGUAUCUGAAAGCAGCCUGUCAAGAACAAUCAAUGUUUAUGUGUUUAAACACGGUGUAGCUUUAAACAUUCCCAAAGAACACUAUGGACAUUAUCAUCAGCAGACAGUCCUCAUGCAGCACAUAAACGGCCAUUAAUGCUUUCAGUAAAAGUGCCUCAUUCAGGUGCCACAUAGUGCUUGUAUAUAUAGGCAACUUUGAGUACCUUAUGUGUCAUGUUUUAUGAUGUGUUCAAAAUGUUCAAAACUGCUCUCAUGGCACCUUUACCAUUAUUGGAGCAGUGGACUGAAUGAAUGUAAUGGCUCUAGAGUAACACUGCUCUGUAUACUUCAUUAACAGCCCCUAAAAUAAGUCUCACAUUUACUCCUCUGGAUAAUAAUCUCCGUCUUUCAGUGUGGAGGUAGUAAACGCUUCCACAGCGCACCAGAGUGUUAUGAAUUACAACUCUGUAGUACAACCGUUAGAUAAAUCCAGUCUCAGGGAGAAUUGGUAGUUAUGCUGAUUUAUAUGACAGACAUAUUCACACCUCUCAUGGAAUGCUAAUUAUUAAUAAUGUGUUAAUAUUGGACUUGGCAGUUGGCAUGACACAUUUUUGGAGCUUAGUAAGGUUUUACUUUCCUAAAGUUUGCUAAUUAGAUCAAAAAUGUUUUCAUUUUUAGUUGCAAGCAUCGAGUUCUUCCCUAUUAUAAUGUCUGGCCAACAAGGUUUACUGCUGACGUAUGCAAAACUUGACCUCAUGUCCAAAUUUGAGGAUACUGUACUGUAACAUUAUGUUCCUCAGGGUUUGAUUUUUAUUUUCUUUUUAAGAACAUUUUAGUCUAGUUUUUACUGUGGUUGAUUUUGUACGUGUCCUGCGUGUACUUGAAUUUCCUCUAAUCAUUAAUCGAACACAAUGCUGUGUUAUUGAUUAUUCCAGCGUGCAACUGAAUAUGUGGGGUCUGUGUACAUGUUCUUAUUCAGAGCUUCAACUCUGUAUUCAAGUGGUUGCAAUUAUAGUACAUAUUGUGAAACUCUGGAUCUGGAUUUAUCAUUAUUGUAUUGUUUUAAGCUCUUGACAAAACUUACAGUUGUCUGUGACAUGACUGAAAGAAUGUUACAUGUACGCUUGAAUUGUUUAAUGAAAAUGUAUCUGUUUGCUGGAUCACAUUGACUCCAUCUUUUCUAUUAGUAAAUGCACAAGAAUUGUAA